ACCUCAUGGCCGCCCGGACCCAAGUGGCGAUGGCUUCUGUCCUGGUUUAUUUCAUCCAGCUUCCCGGGGCCAGAUGCGAGGAGAACUGUGCCAACACUGAACAUUGCCUGACCACUGACUGGGUGCAUCUCUGGUACAUAUGGUUGCUGGUAGUAGUUGGUGCUCUGCUGCUCCUCUGUGGCCUGACGUCGGUAUGCUUCCGCUGCUGUCUGAGCCACCCGGAAAACGGGGAAGACGGGGCCCCGCCACCCUAUGAAGUGACCGUCAUUGCUUUUGAACAUGACAGCACUCUCCAGAGUACCAUUACAUCUCUGCAGUCCGUGUUCGGCCCUGCAGCUCGGAGAAUCCUGGCAGUGGCUCACACACACAGCUCCCUGGGCCAGAUGCCCUCCUCUGUGGACACGCUACCGGGCUACGAGGAAGCCCUCAGCAUGAGCCGCUUCACAGUGGCAAGGUGUGGGCAGAAAGCUCCUGACUUACCCUCAGUCCCAGAGGAAAAGCAGCUCCCUCCUACAGGGAAGGAGUCUCCUCAGAUAGAACCCCCAUCACACUGA